AUGAGCACGAAGACGCAAAAAUUGUUUGCCCAGCUCAAAAAAUUGCGUGGAAAACCUACAAUUCCGUUUAAGAAACAGGCUCCUGUCAAUAAAAAAAAGUACUUGAGUGACAAUCCUAAAAUUGAAUCCAAUAUUAAAACUACAGCAAAAGACAUGCCUAAGCGUUCGUACCGCAAAUCUACUCGAUCCAUAGCAGUUCCAGUAGAAAACUAUGAACCGUUCGCCAAAGAAAUAAUAGAAAAAAUUGACCGAUCACGUGCAUCUUAUUGGAAGGACCCUCACGAAAUACUCGUAGAACUGUUUUCAACACAAUUUGACGAAUCAUCUACGAAAAGAAAAGUCGAACAUGACGAUGAGACUUAUGUAGUUGAACGUCAAAAAAGUUACGAAAAUAUGGAUAUACAUCCUACUAAUUCGGUUAAGUCGACUGAACUAUGUAAUAGUUCACAAUCGUUGAAAAGGGCAAAUACAUUUGAUGGAUAUGAGCCAUCGAAGAGGUGUAAAUACUCAAGCUGCGUAGAGUUUCACUCGAGUAAAUACAAAGAAAAUAGAGUAGUGUUGAAAUUAAGGGCCACAUCUUCAACAUCUGAUUCAGACGACGAAUCGAAAAAUAAAGACGAUUCAGAAACUGACUAUGAUUGCGAUGGACUUUUCUCUAACACAACACGGUCUACAGACGCUCUCGACGCAUGUAAAUCAUCGAAUAGACUCAAAUACUCGAGUAGCGUUGAGAUUUACUUGGCCCAANUUCAAAUACUCUAG